AUGGCAACACUGAAAGCACGCAACAUCCUGAUCACUGGAGCCAACCGGGGCCUGGGUUUAGAACUGGUGAGGCAACUGGUGGAGAUUCCUUACCCCAACCGCCAGAUCUUCGCCUGCUGCCGUGACCCUGAUGGCCCCAAAUCAAAGGUCCUGCAAGAACUGGCUAAGAAGCACCCCAGUGUCAUUAAAAUGAUCCGCCUAGAUGUGACUGACUCAGGCAGUAUAAAAGAAGCAGCAGAGAGGGUGAGCUCACUCCUGGGAAAAGGUGGACUCAACCUACUGGUCAAUAACUCUGGUGUGGCAGCAAAUGGCACCAUCCAGAGCAGCAGUGCUGAUGAUAUGCUGUCCAACUUCAACACUAACGUGGUGGGAUCCUUCAGGGUUAUCAAGGAGUUCCUGCCAUGUCUAAGAAUCUCGGCCAAAGCCAGUGGGGAGCAGGGUAUGUCCUGCAACAAAGCGGCGGUGAUUAACAUGUCCUCCAUCGCUGCCUCCAUGACUCACGCUCCACAGAUAUAUGCUUUCCUGCCUGCAGUCUCUUAUAAAGUCAGCAAGGCAGGCUUGAACAUGCUGACCAUCUGUGCUGCAUAUGAGUUCAAACCUGACGAAAUCCUCUUCACUGCCCUGCACCCGGGCUGGGCACGCACAGACAUGGGGGGACAGAAUGCUACACUUGAUGUCAAGGAGAGUAUUGAGGGUGUGAUUCGUGUGAUGAGCGGCCUCACCGAGGAGCAGCAUGGAGCCUACGUGGACUACACUGGAAAAACCCUGCCCUGGUGAACCAGCAAAUGAAUUCACUCUAACCACUUACCAUCGCUGAGAGCUGAUCCAGGACCAGCUUUAGCUCAUGUUGUCAUGUGUUAACCAGUGAAACACUAAAGGAUAGUCACAGACCAACACUGCAUUGUGGACUGGCAGUAUUAAUGUCACAGCUGAUACA